GGCUCUCUCUGGGUGUGCGUGCGUGCGUGCUCGAGUAGGUGUGGCACGUAGCUAGCUAGCUGCGGGUGAACCCAGUAAAGACGGUCAUGGGAGAGUAAAACUGCCAUCGUCACAGGUUCCAACACUGGAAUGGGAAAAGAAACGGCCUUAGAAUUGGCUAAACGAGGGGCUCGGGUCAUUCUGGCGUGUCGAAACACUGAGGCAGGAGAAGCUGCGCGCCAGGAGAUCAGCAGGCUAACAGGGAAUGACCAGGUUUUGUUCCGGCCUCUGGAUCUGGCGUCCUUCUCCUCUAUCAGAGAGUUUGCAGCCAGUGUGCUGCGGGAAGAGAGCCGCAUUGACCUGCUGGUGAACAAUGCUGGUGUGUUCAUGAUGCCGCUGCGUCGUAGCCAGGAUGGAGUGGAGAUGCACCUGGCCGUCAACUACCUGGGCCACUUCCUGCUGACUCGACUGCUGCUAGACAGACUGAAGGAGACUCCUAGUGCUCGUGUGGUGAAUGUGGCAGCAGACGUCUCGUCGUGGCUGGCCAACAUUGACUUUGAGGACAUCAACAGUGAGAGGAGCUACAACAGAGUCAAGGGCGGUGGCCCAGAGCAAGACUUGUGUCAUACUGGCCACCAGACACCUCUCUAGACUCCUGCAGGGCACCACUGUCACCGUCAACUCUGUCUCUCCUGGCCUCGUCAGGAAUGAGUACGGACGCUAUCGAGAUUACUUUUUUGGAUAUGUCCAUGUGAGCAUAUUUUUUCAUGCCAGACAAGCAUAAGCCUGAAUCUGAGAUGUUGUGUUUGCACAAUGCAUGCGCUGGAGAAGGUAUACCAAUAUAGGUAGUAAGGGGGAAAUGGAAACGUAAUUGCAUUAUUGCACUGGGCCCUAUUGGUAAGCCUACAUAGUCGUCUAAAUUAUUUAUUUAUCUUAUGUCAGACACUGUCACCAUAACGUAAUGACAGCUGAAUUUUACACUCGCUCUAGUAGUAUUAUUUCCAUGCAUGGUGUCUUAUUUUCCUGUCAGACACUGCUGUUUCCCUUGAUAUACCUGUUCCUGCGGACCCCCAGUCAGGGAGCAGCCACGGCUGUGUUCUGUGCUGUGUCGGAGGAGGUGGAGGGAGUGAGUGGGAGACACUUCCGAGACUGUCGAGAGACUCCAGUCUCUCUGCCUGCCUCUCUUGACUCUCAGGCAGCUCAGAGACUCUGGGACAUCAGCUCGAACAUGACUGGACUCAACUGUGAUGACUCAAACCAAGUUCAUAGAGAUGACAUUGAUUGAGUAUGUUAUGUAUGUGUGUCCAAAACGCAA